AUGGACAAAAAAAUCAAGGCUUCGCAACUCAAAAAGAGGAUCGCAGUGGAAGGCCUCAAGACGCUAGAACGUUUUCAAGCGGAGUUUGUGCCCGAAUUUGCAAGCCAGAUUCCAGAAGCGUUGGAGGAUUUGGACAGGCACAAGUCAGGGUUUUUCAACUCGAUUGAGAAACUCGAAGAGCUGGAUGAAAACGACGCCAGCAUCGAGGCAUACAUCCAUGAGAGGAGUGAUUUUGAGGAUCGUCAUCGGAAGCUGAAAUCAUUCCUACGGGAAAACCAACCGAAGGAAGAGGGUACGCUACACGACACGACGGGUUUGGCUUCCUCGACGCUUGCCUUUUUUCGGCCAAACGCUUCUAACCUACGUCUGCCAAAGAUCGAGCUUCCAACGUUUGAUGGAGACCAUACAAGAUGGCUUUCGUUCCGAGAUCGGUUCAUAGCCAUGAUCGACGCGUCUGCAGAACUUCCCGCCAUCGCCAAGCUCCAGUACCUGCUUUCAUCGCUAAAGGGAGAAGCAGCUCUACCCUUUGAGCACACCCCUUUAACAUCCGACAACUAUCCUGUUACGUGGGCGGCACUUCUGAAGCGGUACGAUAAUUCACGGUUGUUAAUCCGUGAAUACUAUCGUAAAUUGCACCAUCUUCCGGGUGUGCAAUCGGUGUGCGUCGACAAGCUUACGCAUCUAGUGGACGAAUUCACUCGCUUUGUCAACGGAUUGGUGAAGCUGAAGGAACCGGUGGAUGCAUGGGACACGCCGCUUUCGAAUAUGCUGAUGAUGAAGCUGGAUCGUGAGACGCUGCUGGCUUGGGAAAAACAUUCCGUGCAUUUUCCUAAGGAUAAAUACAAGGAUGUGAUCGCUUUUGUGCAGGAUCGGAUCCAGAUCCUAAAGUCGACGAACGAUUUUGCGUGUGAGCAAAUUGUUAGUGGAAGAAAGGUGGCCGGCACUCAUCAUCCGGCAGUACAAAAAGGGUUCAUUGCAGACGCAGCUGCAUCAAACAUUCCCCAUUCCUCAACCCCGGCUCAUUCUCAGCGAUUGAAGUGUCCCUUAGCAUGCACCGACGCUCAUCUUCUACGCAACUGUCCGGUAUUCAUCGCUAAGGAUGUUCAGCAGCGACGAGAUGUCGUUACAAACAAGCACCUGUGUUGGAAUUGUUUGAGUGGCACUCAUCACGUCAAAUCAUGCAAAUCUGAUUAUUCGUGUAGAACGUGCCGUCAACGUCAUCAUACACUUCUGCAUAUCACUCCGGCCACAGCAGUUACCAUGGCAGCACAUUUGGAAGACGAUAAGGUGUUUCUAGAGACGGCACAGAUUGUGAUUCGAGAUGAUUACGGUAAUGAGCAUGAGGCAAGGGCUCUACUGGAUUCGGGGUCCAUGUCGAAUUUCAUCUCUGAGGAAUGCGCUCGAAAACUAUUGACCAACCGCAACAAGGUCAAUAUUGCUGUUUCGGGCAUCGGAAAUGCGGUGGUACAUCAAGUAAGGGGUUCGAUCGUCGCUACAGUUCGGUCCAAGAAUCAACCCUUCGAGGAAAUGGCUUUCUUGAUUUUGGACAAGCCAUCAGCUGCCAUCCCUACUUCAUUCUCGGACAUCUCAUCGUGGAAAAUGCCAGAUGUGGCAUUAGCUGAUCGCGCCUUCAACGUUCCGGGGGAAGUCGACAUCAUCAUCGGAGGCGAUACUUUCUGGGAGCUUCACACCGGUCGCAAACGCUCUCUCGGUAUGGGAAGACCGUGGCUGGUGGAAACCCAUUUCGGUUGGGUGGUCACCGGAAACAUUCAUCAUUCAUCUUCUGGUCCGCGACUGUGUCAUCUCGCAGCAAACGACAUACCAUUAGAAGACAUCAUGCAGCGGUUUUGGCAGAAUGAAACCAUAGCCGAGGAUACUGUCUUAUCGGUGGAAGAAGAUGCCUGCGAAAGACACUACGUGGCUACUACCGUCCGCAACACUUCGGGAAGGUAUGUCGUUAGUUUACCGUUUAAUUCCAAUCCUCAUAUCGUUUUAGGGGAUUCUAAAAACACAGCAGAUCGCAGGCUUCGUUGUAUGGAACGUCGUCUGAGCGAUAACCCUAAAAUGAAGGAGGAGUACGUGAAAUUCAUGGUCGAGUACGAGCGUUUGGGUCACAUGAAGAGGUUAAGUGAUCCGGUAGACGAUUCGGUUCAGCACUACUACCUUCCUCAUCACGCAGUAGUGAAGGAGACAAGCACAACAACCAAAGUCCGAAUCGUGUUCAAUGCAUCGUGCAAGUCUUCGUCUGGCUAUUCACUCAACGACAAGCUACUAGUUGGGCCGGUGAUCCAAGACGACCUGUUCACCAUCAUUGUGCGCUUCCGGUCACAUGCAAUCGCGCUAUCAGCAGAUGUGGAGAAAAUGUACCGUCAAAUUCUCCACGAACCUAGCGACGGAAGGUACCUUCGCCUUCGGUACCGGGAAAGUCCUGCACAGCCAAUUCAGACCUUCCAGUUGCUGACAGUAACCUACGGAACCGCAUGUGCACCAUUUUUGGCAACGCGGACUUUAAAGCAAAUUGCGCAUGACCACAAGGCACAAUAUCCUCGAGCAGUGAACUCAGUACUGAACGACUUCUACGUGGAUGAUUUGCUCACGGGUACCGAAGACGUAUUGGAGGCAGUUGAAAUGCGGGCACAGAUCUCAGAGAUGCUCAAAUCGGCUGGAUUUUCAUUAAAAAAGUGGGCCUCUAACGUACCGGAAGCACUACAGAACAUCCCAUCGGAGGACUUGGCAGUUCUCCCGACGCAUGAGUGGCAAGAUCCCCAAUUCGUAUCCACCCUGGGGCUCAUGUGGGAACCAGCAACUGAUAUGCUUCGCGUGCGGAUUGGUCUACCAACUGUUGCUCCGGUGAUGACAAAGCGGCUAACACUAUCAUACAUAGCGAAAAUCUUUGACCCCCUCGGAUUGCUGAGUCCAACCAUAAUCAUCGCUAAGCUCUUCAUGCAGCAAUUGUGGUCGUUAAAGACAAACGGGAAAUCAUGGGACUGGGAUUGUGAGCUACCAUCACAUCUCCAGCGGGAAUGGUCGGCGUUCCAUUCUAAGCUUCAUUCACUGCGUGAAGUGAGCAUCCCGCGAUACACUUCGGUUAAACAAGCAACAUGUGUGCAGCUGCACAUCUUCGCGGAUGCUUCGCAGGUAGCAUAUGGUGCUUGUUGCUACGUCAGAGCAGAAAGCCAGCACAAAAUAUCGGUACAACUAGUGGCAGCCAAAUCCAAGGUUGUUUCUCUGACAAACACAAAUUCAAUCGCCAGAUUAGAGCUCUGUGCGGCGAGAUUGGCAGUAGACUUGUUCCGGAAGGUCAUUCAGUCUCUCAACGGCACUUACGAAGCAUUCGCUUGGACUGAUUCUAUGACCUUUCUACACUGGCUGAAUUCUACACCUCGACGAUGGAAGCCAUUUGUGGCAAACAGGGUGGCUCAGAUUCAGGAAGAGACCAGAAUCAAGGGCUGGGAGCAUGUACCCGGUGUAGACAAUCCAGCAGACGAUGUGUCACGAGGUCUACUUCCAGACAAAUUGCUGGAUUGUCAUCGUUGGUGGCACGGGCCACAUUGGUUAAGCAGGAAGAUAGAAGAUUGGCCUCAGAGUGAACCUGCAAGAGACGAGAUCGAAUCAUCAGAGGAAGAACGAGUUCAACCGCGCAUGGCUGCUGUGUCCACUAUAAACGAGUUUAGCAGCACACUCUUCAAACGAUUCUCCAUUUACCAUAGGCUCAGGCGAACUAUGGCGUAUUGCUUACGUUUCAUCAAUUGUCUAAGGGCAGGCAAAUCAUCACAUACUCCAUCUACAAAAUCUCAUGCCACGGUUCAGGAGCUGAUCACGUUAGUUCCAUUACUGACAAAGAGUGAGUUGCUUGAAGCAGAACGUCGGUUGUGUCAUCUCGCUCAGCAGGAGUCGUUUUCGGAUGAGCUGCACGAGAUCAAGAACAGUAGAGAUGUUCCGCGCAACUCGAAAUUGAAGUGGCUGUCGCCGUUUAUUGAUCAGUCGGGAAUCCUGCGUGUUGGUGGCCGGCUGCGCAAUGCACAAAUGAGCGAAUCAUCGAAGCAUCCUAUAUUGCUCUCAUCUAAGCAUCAAUUGGCGGUACUGCUGGCGGUGUCAUAUCACGAGAGACACUUACACGCCGGUCCGGAAUUAUUGUUAUCCAUAAUUCGUCAACGGUUUUGGAUAAUUGGUGGGCGCAAUUUAACAAAGGCUGUUUAUCACCGGUGUCUUCGAUGCUUCAAGGCAAAACCCGUAUUGGUGAAACAAUCCGUCGCUGAUCUUCCUACUUCAAGGGUUUCACCAACAAGGCCGUUUGCUGUGAGUGGCGUCGAUUACUGUGGUCCGGUAUUUCUGAAGUCUACGGUACGCAACAGAAGUGCAACGAAAGCAUACAUCGCUAUCUUUGUAUGUUUUGCAACAAGAGCGGUUCACAUCGAACUUGUGGGUGAUCUCACUACCGCUGCCUUCUUAGCAGCUUUACGGCGUUUCGUGGCACGCAGAGGGAGGAUAGCGGAACUGCAUUCGGACAAUGCAACAACAUUUAAGGGUGCUGCACAUGAGCUUCGUCGCAUCCAUGAAAUGCUGAAAGGCAGCGAUCGUGAUCGUCGUGAGCUGUUCAACUGGUGUGCUAACGAGGAAAUCAAGUGGAAAUUCAUUCCACCACGGGCGCCACACUUCGGGGGGCUGUGGGAAGCUGCAGUCCGGUCGGCGAAGCAACACCUCAUACGCACUUUGGGAAGCACAAGCCUCACGCAGGAGGGUAUGAUUACGGUGCUAGCACAGGUUGAACAGUGCCUAAAUACUCGACCUUUGGUCCCACUUUCGAGUGAGCCCACGGAUAUGGAAGCGCUCACUCCUGGGCACUUUUUGAUAGGGUCAAACAUGCUAGCGUUGCCGCAGGUUGAUAGAAGUUCGGUUGCGCCAAAUAGGUUGAAGGAAUUCGAUCAAAUUCAACAUCAUGUUCAGAGCAUUUGGUCGCGUUGGUAUCCGGAAUACCUACAACAGCUACAGGCCCGCGCGAAACGUUUUAUGACUCAUCCGGUACCGCUAGAAAUAGGACAACUGGUUAUCAUAAGGGAAGAUAACAUACCACCUACCUUAUGGCCAACGGGAAGGAUAUCAAGUUUGCAUCCCGGAAAGGAUGGAGUAGUACGGGUAAUAACGCUCCGCACAGCGUCAGGAAAACAAAUUGUACGCGCAGUAAAUCGGGUAGCAAUCCUACCAAAUCCGGUUAGUAGCAAUUCAGAGGAGCUAGUCGAUAUUAUACCUGAAUAGUUUUCAACACAAACCACGCUACAUUGUUGACACUCAUAGUUGUCAGUUCACGAAAAAACAAAACACCAACAUACACACAGUUACACUCAUACGGAAUGUUAGGAGAUAAGCAGUUACAUGAAAUUCUAAAGCGAAAAGUAGAUUAGUAGAUCAGAACAUUACAUGAAUUUUUAAAGAAGUUCCUUCUUUGGUGGCCGGGAAUGUGAAAUUUACUGUUAGCUAUAAUUUUUAAAUGUUACAUGAAUUAUCUGUGAACUACGACGAAGGAACUUAACCACGAAUUAUAAACACACACUACUUGACGCUAUAAGGAUUGACAUUAAGGGACAAUUAGGACGAACUAUAAUGAACUUUGCAUGUAAAAUGAACUCGGACAAAUGAAUAAACAGUUGCAAACAGAACGGCGCCAAGACUGCACGGGUUUCUUUUCUAUACAUUUCUUUACCGCGAUAUUUUCCAGUUUCGAGAGUUUUUC